CCAUUGAUGGAGUAGCAGUAACCACUACUGAAUAUCAUCUUGGAACUAGCUAAAAAAUACCGAUAAUACCUCUGCACAUCACUUCCAGGCGAUGAUGAAUCCCAAGAAUACCACACUGAAAGUCGCAAUGGCAUCACGAACCUUCCUCCAACAACUCUCACGAACACGAGCACCUGUGCGAUUCGCCUCUCCACCAUCCAUCCUUUCACCCAGCAGGAAUCUCCGCUUCUACAGCUCCUCUGCAGUCGAAGCCCCUGACUAUCUCAACGCCAACGAACGCCGCGUCUUCAACCUCGUGAAAGAAGGUCUAUCCCCCUCAAAACUCGAAGUUGAAGACAUCUCAGGAGGCUGCGGAAGCAUGUACGCCCUGGACAUCGUUUCCGAGAAAUUCACAGGACUACCUGUAAUAAAACAACAUCGACUGGUAAAUCAGGUUUUAGGGGAAGAGAUCAAGAAGUGGCAUGGGGUGCAGCUGAACACCAAGGCGCCGUGAUUAGAGCGGUGUGAAGCGGAGCGGGAAAUGUGGCUGGUGAAUAGGCAUGGCAGAGACUUAAGAGGAACAGAUAUUGCUUGCCGCCAUGCAUAUGCAAGUUCGCAGUCCGCGAUCAGAUGGCGGUGAAGGACGUGGCUUGUUAGAUGAGCUACACCGGACCCUAGGCCGAGCUUGUCUGAUACAACGUGCAGGAUUGAAGGGGUCUCAGAAGGGAACCGGGAAACUCGCAAACGCGGCAUCCCCAUCAAUGGCCCUAGGGCUCACUUUCACCUGGACGGCGCAUUAGGAGCUUUCGAAACCAGGCUGCCGGCUGACCGCUUCGAAUUCGAAGGAGCCGAACAGUCCAGACUCCACUUCAAAGCAUAACUCUCCACGCCCCGCGGCUAUUGCGAUACGCGUUAAGAGACAACGUUAAGGAUUGUAGCAUACCCAGCAGGUAUUAUUAUUCAGCUGCCGCCGAGCGCGUCUGGCGCUUGAUUCUGUUCGUC